GUUUGCCAGACCACAGCUCUGCUCCUGGCCCAGUCCCUGGGCUUCCCCCUGGGGAAGAGUCCAGCUGUGCAGACGCUGAGACCCAUAACGGGCUUCUUCUUUUGUUCAGCAGAUCCUGAUGGAGAUGAGCGGCUACGGCGACACUGAAAACACCACCAAUGACUUAGACAACUAUUUGUGCCCUGAGUCAAGCUUGUCACAGACUAACGAAGCUGCAAACAUGUUCAGAAAGAUCUUCAUGCCCCUCAUUUACCUGCUGAUGUUCCUCCUGGGGACCAUGGGCAACGCCCUGGUCCUGGCCAUCCUGGAGCGCUGCAAGCGUUCCCGCACCACCACAGAGAGCUUCCUCUUCCACCUGGCCCUGGCGAACAUGGUGCUGGUGCUCACCUUCCCCUUCAGCGUGAUUGAGAACUUGGCUGGCUGGAUCUUCGGGACAUUCCUCUGCAAAAUUCUCAGCGCUGUGCACAAGAUCAACUUCUACUGCAGCAGCAUCCUGCUGGGCUGCAUCGGGGUGGACCGCUACCUAGCCAUCGUGUACGCCAUCCACACCUACCGGAGGCGCAGGGCCAGGGCCAUCCACAUCACCUGCACAGCCAUCUGGGUCUUCUCGCUGGUGCUGACCUUGCCCGACCUCAUUUUCAUGGAGGUCUGGAAAGACCCCAACAACCGCAGCAUCUGCUACUUCCCACAGAUGGGGAUUCAUGGCAACGACAUGUGGCUGGCCACCCGCUUUCUGUACCACAUCGUGGGUUUCUUCAUGCCCUUGCUAGUCAUGUGUUACUGCUACGCAGCCAUUGUCAGGACCCUGUGCCAGUCGCAGCGGCUGCAGAGGCAGAAGGCCGUGCGAAUCGCCAUCCUGGUCACAGGCGUGUUCCUGCUCUGCUGGAGCCCGUACCACAUCGUCAUCUUCCUGGACACGCUGACCAAGCUGGGCGUGCUCUCAAAGGACUGCCUGGUGGAGGAGCAGCUGAGCACCAGCAUCCUGGUGACAGAGGCCAUCGGCUUCACACAGUGCUGCCUCAACCCCAUCCUGUACGCCUUUGUGGGAGUCAAGUUUCGCAACGACUUCUUCCGGAUCCUGCAGGAGCUGGGCUGCAUCAGCCACGAGACCCUGCAGGAGAUCCUGGACGUGACAAGGAAGGGCAGCGGGGUUGAGUCCGACAACACCACAUCCAUCUCCACCUUCUGAUGAGGACGUGGGCGCGGGCUGGAGCCAGCCUUGCAGCCCUGGCCUGCGGCGCACAGACUCCACAUGAUGCAGGCCGCGGGCCCGUGCGGCAGGAGCAGCCGCAGCGCCUUCUUUGCUCCCCGUGAGGCUGAGGACCAACAGCCAUUCACAUGUCCGAGACUUGCCAGCUGCUUCCCCUGGCUACUGUGUGCAUUGAACACGUGGCCAAAGCCCGGACCCAAGCAAAGCAGGCUGAGCACAUCUGGCCUGUCUGGCCAGGCAGCAAUGCAAGUCCAGCCACUGCUUACUGAGCCGGUUGCCUCCAGCCCAGACACUGAGCCCCAUACAAUCAAGGCCCAUUUCCCAGGAAGUCUGCCAUUGCACCAGGCUGCUUGUUUCUACCUUACAUGGACGACAUUCAAGACUCCCACUGCACCCAUCUCCAAGGCCUUGAUGGUUAGAAAUGCCUUUCCUGUGGCAGCUGCAAACUCCCCUGCUCACUGUCUCCCCAUGUAACUGCUGCUGAUCACACCAGGUCCUGACGUCGGAGAGCAGGCAGCUCUGGGUGUGCAGGCAGUGGUCUUUAAGGAAGACCGUUCCCUGGCUCAGGACAGCUCCAGCCCUAACCACACUGUGCUCCGGUGCUGCCGGAGUCUGAAGACCAAGGAGAACUGCUCCUUUCUCUGAGGCUGAAGGGUCACAGGCUCCUCUGGGGCUUGGUGGCUGCAUGUUUCUGGGGUGCCGAGUACAAGAAUUCCCGUCAGUCCAGAGCAAACCAGCACAGGGAAGGGAACAAACUCCCUGGGGUCUUGGCAGGUGUGCAAACGAGAUCCCAGGUUGGCUUUGCUCUGCCCGCCAUGAGGGGCUGGUGGAAAUCCCACGCGUUAGAUUUAGUCAGCAAAAACUUGAGCUCCGACGACUGCCCUGAACCGCAGGCGCCCAGUGGCUGCUGGGGCCAGAGCUGCUCUGCACAGACAUGUGCCAGUCGCCCACCUCCUCUGCUGUCACCCAGCCCACAGCGUGCAGCCCCUUGCCAGCCCCGGGUGAUUCAGCCGUGUUGCAGCGGGGCUGCUGCAGCGCAGGGCGAGGGAAGCAGCUCCUGGGCCGGCCGGCCGUGGCCGCGCUGCAUGGCCGAGUUCCAGUGCUGGCCCGUUUUGGCCUCUGCCACCAGCUGAGCCAGGGCCACUCCGUGAACUCAGGGCGCUCGUCUCAGGCCCCGUGCCCCCCGGUGGCUCCCACUGCCACGCUGGCCCAGGGGCGGCAGCCCCAGCGCUUGGGCGCGGCCGAGGCACAGGGGAGCGGCUGCCCCCCUACCCCCCACCCCGGCCUGAGGGGAGGCCCAGGGCCUGCGGAGCCGGGGCAUGGCGCGGUGCGGCUCAGCGGGAGACCCCAGCCCUUGAGCAGCAGCGGUGGGGAAGGGGUGCGCAAGGCAGCGUCUCCCAGCCCCACACGGGCGAGUCUGGCCUGGUCCCAGCCCUGGCCUCCGCGUCCACGCUCUGCCCAUGCUCCUUACGGGCCCACCCCAGGCGUGGACCUACCUGCCCGGGCUGUCCGUGGCCUCCCCGGCCCAGCCUGGCCUCAACGCAGCCUGGCUCUGGUGGCCCGUGGGGUGGGAUGUGAGGCCGAGGCGUGGGAGGUCUGAUGCCUCCUGCCAGCGACGCUGGGGGCUGCCCGCCCGCCUGAGGAAGGAACGGGGUGGCUGACACCAGCCCUGCCCAGAGCCCCCCUGGCGGGUGCUGGCAGCCAGCCGGGCACCCCCGGGCCAGCGCAGAGCGACAGGCCUGCUGUGCCCGGCCCAGCCCGAUCUGGGGAGCCUGGUGUUGUGCUGCGACAGCCCCACUCGCAGCUCCUCCCGCUGGAGGUUGCACCAAAGGGGACGGAGCCGGCUGCGAAGCAGCGCCCGGGCGCCCGCAACAGGCCCCAGCCGGGCCAGGUGACUGCACCCUUGGGCCCCGGCUGGACGUGAGAAGCCCGCGCUUGACCGCUUGCCUGGCCCCAGCCCUGGCACACCCCCCCGGCAGGCUGAGCCCCGGCCGCAGCAGCCGCUGCGCUCCAGAAGGGCGAGAGGAAAGCCGGCUUCGUGUUCUACCUGGCCAGGCUGGCGCGGUGCCUGCGGCUGCGUGGGGCCGGGCCUGGCACCGC